AUGCCCUCCACACGCAUCUAUUUCUGGCUGUCCCUCCCGGUAGUACUGGUGGCCCUCAUCUAUCAGCUUGGACUACCGGCUUUCAUUAGUGAACGACUCCCAAACUUACGCGUCACGACUCAUUGCUAUAAAUCUGUCAAAACCUUGUCUCCAGAGUUACUACACCUAGAUUGUUUUACAGUCAACGACGGUCUUUUCUCAAGUGUCUUCGCUGGUGAUGCUUCUCCCGAUGAGGUCAAGGAGGCCCGCACUGGAUACGUGUACCCAGGCUUGUGGGAUGGGCACGGCCAUCUAAUACAGUUUGGAGAGUCUCUAGACUCUGUAAGCUUAUUCGGUGCAAGCUCAAUGGCUGAAGUCCAGGAAAGGCUACUCGAGUACAAAGCGGGCCGUCCCGAUGAGGGCACAAGCGAUCAGUGGCUGAGGGGCGUAGGCUGGGAUCAGGCGCAUUUCGGACGGUGGCCAACCUCAUCAGAUCUAGAAAUAUCCAAAGACUUCAAAGGCCUCUAUGUGAUGCUGGACCGGGUGGAUGUUCAUUGCAUCUGGGUUUCUGAAAAGGUCCUCGAACUUCUUCCAUCGCCACUGCCAGAUGUGCCUGGCGGUGAGAUACCUGAGAAGGGCGUGUUCUGCGACAAUGCCAUGGACAUCGUUCUGGAACACUAUCCCAAGCCCGAUGCAGCGCGGAAGACCAAGUUCAUCAAAGCUGCAAUGGCCAACUUGAACCAGUACGGUAUUGUAGGGAUGCACGAUGCUGGAGUAAUUGCAGAAGACUUGAAGCUAUACGAAAAGCUUGCAAAUGACGAGGACUGGACUGUUAGGGUGAACGCCAUGAUUGAAUGCGACACUAGAAACACCUUUUGUCCAGAGGCAGUGGAAAGGAUUAGCAUGCCAAACGGAAAAUUACAAGUCAAGAGUGUGAAACUUUUUGCAGAUGGGGCACUGGGCAGCUGGGGCAGCGCAAUGCUCGAACCUUAUAGCGACAAACCCACGUCGUCGGGCUCGCUCCUUGUCAAUGCAACCACGUUGUCAGAAGUCACGCUCAAGUGGGCCGAACAGGGAUACCAAGUCAACAUUCAUGCCAUAGGGGACCUUGCGAAUAGGCUCGCCGUCGACGCUUUCGAGGCUGCCUUGAAAACGGUGUGUCCCGAUGUCACCCCCUACGAAUGCCAAUCACAACGUCGUUUCCGGAUUGAACAUUUCCAAAUAGUCCACCCAGAUGACCAAGUCCGAAUUAAAGAGCUUGGCAUCAUCCCAUCUAUACAACCUACACACGCGACAUCGGACAUGGAAUAUGCGGAAGCUAGGCUUGGCCGCCAGCGCACAAGCGAUUCUGCGUAUCGUAUGCGUUCAAUGGUAUCUCAGGGGCUGGUUUUAGGCAGUGAUUUUCCAGUUGAGCCUGCCAGUAUCUUUGAAGGCAUAUACGCAGCCACUACGCGACGGAGCCCAAAAACAGGUCUAGAUGCGGACGGCGGCAAAACUGGUUGGUAUCCUGAAGAAAGACUCAAUUUUGAACAAGCACUGAGGGGCUUUACCAUUAACCCCGCGUAUGCCGCAUUUCUAGAAGGUAAAGCUGGUGUCAUUCAAGUGGGGGCGUACGCAGACUGGAUUGUUGUUGACGAGGACCUGGAAAAAAUGGACUUUGAAUCAUUACGGAAGGCAACAGUAAGGGAAACGUGGGUUGGCGGGAAACUGGUCUACCAAAGGCCCAGCGACGGGCAAGCUCCCCGUUAGAGGCACCAAAAGGCAAUACCCGCCCACGAGCCUCUCCACCCCCCACACCUCGAAUGACAUGCUCGGGCUGUCCCGGCGUAUCACGUUUCUCGGUGUCUCUGGCGGUUCUGGCGGCUCCUAUGAUCUCCC